UACAAUUUUGCACUUAAAAGUAACAAUACAAUCGAAAUUGAAAGUUUGAAACCCACAGUCCAAAUUUAAUACUAUCAGCAAUGGGAUUUUGAACCAAUGCCUUAAUUCUCCUUCACAUCUCAUUACCGCGCUUUUCAAUAUUCAGUUUAACAGUUCACAGGCCACCCCUCCACUCCCUGCAUAUUUCCCAUGAUCCAAUUUCAUUAAUGAGCUCUGUCAGCUGCCACCAACUAGAGCAGAAAUUCUCAGCUUUUGGACGCAAAUUCAUCUCUUCCAUUGCCUUAGCUGAUAGCACAUCUAAUUUCUCAGACCAGCACCCUAUUCAGUUCCUCAAUGCACGCACCAACCCCAGAAAUAUUAUUCACUCAAAACCCGAAAUUGCGCAUGCCCAUCUCAUAAAGACCCAGAAUCUUGAAUCCAAUGUAUAUGCUGCAAACUCUUUGCUUGAUGCUUACUGUAAAUUAAGAUUGGACAAUGUGGCGAAGCUGCUUGAUGAAAUGCCUAACCCAAAUACAUUUUCGUGGAAUCUUAUGAUUUCAAAUUCUAAUAAAGCGUUAUUGUACGAGGAUGCUUGGAGGUUAUUUUGUAGGAUGCACAUGUUGGGGUUUGAGAUGAAUAUGUUUACAUAUGGCAGUGUUCUCUCUGCUUGUGGUGCUUUAACAUCUACAUUGUGGGGCGAGCAGGUUUAUGGGCUUGUGAUGAAAAAUGGGUUCUUCUCUGAUGGAUAUGUAAGAUGUGGGAUGAUUGAGUUGUUUUCAAAAAGUUGUAGGUUUCGUGAUGCUUUAAGGGUGUUUUAUGAUUGUUUGUGUGAUAAUGUGGUUUGUUGGAAUGCUAUUAUAGCAGGGGCAAUAAAAAAUAGGGAGUAUUGGGUUGGUUUGGAUAUUUAUAAGCGAUUGUGGGGUGGGCUUUUAAAGCCUAACGAAUUUACAAUUCCUAGUGUAUUGAAUGCUUGUGUUGCACUCUUGGAACUUCGGUUUGGCAAAACGGUUCAUGGAGCGGUGAUAAAAUGCGGCCUGGAAAAAGAUGUUUUCGUGGGGACUGCUAUUGUUGAUUUUUAUGCAAAAUGUGGGGUUAUGGAGGAAGCAUUUAAGGAAUUCAUGCAGAUGCCAGUCAGCAAUGUUGUUUCUUGGACUGCCAUGCUAAAUGGUUUCGUCCAGAAUGGUGAUCCUCUUUCUGCAGUUGGAAUCUUUGCGGAAAUGAGGAAUAAAGAGGUCGAGAUAAACAGCUACACCGUCACUAGUGUGCUUACUGCAUGUGCUAAUCCUGCUAUGGCAAAGGAAGCAAUCCAAAUCCAUUCUUGGAUCUAUAAAACUGGGCUUUAUCAGGAUCCAGUUGUGCAAAAUUCUUUGAUCAAUAUGUACUCGAAGAUAGGGGAAGUUUCCCUAUCUGAGGCAGUUUUUGCAGAGGCUGAAAAUCUGCAGCACCUAGGUUUAUGGUCUAACAUGAUUUCUGUUCUUGCCCAGAAUAGUGAUUCUGAUAAGGUAAUUCAUCUAUUUCAAAGAAUAUUUCAGGAGGACCUGAAACCUGAUAAGUUCUGUUGUUCUAGUGUCUUGGGAGUUGUAGACUGUCUAGACUUGGGUAGACAGAUACAUAGCUACACUCUUAAAUCGGGGUUAAUCUCUAAUGUUAAUGUGAGCAGCUCUCUUUUCACAAUGUACUCGAAAUGUGGUAGUAUAGGGGAAUCAUAUAUCAUAUUUGAGCUGAUUGAGGAUAAGGAUAAUGUCUCAUGGGCCUCAAUGAUUGCUGGUCUUGUAGAACACGGUUUUUCAGAUAGAGCUGUUGAAUUGUUCAGAGAGAUGUCCGUGGAGGACGUCACUCCUGAUGAAAUGACAUUAACUGCUAUCCUAAACGCAUGUAGUUCUCUUCAGACCGUGAAAACUGGCAAAGAAAUUCAUGGCUUCAUUUUUCGGCACGGUGUUGGUGAGCUCGGCAUUGCCAAUGGUGCCAUUGUGAAUAUGUAUACAAAGUGUAGUGAUCUAGUUUCGGCGAGAAGGUUCUUUGAUAUGUUACCCCUUAAAGAUAAGUUUUCUUGUACUUCCAUGGUCACCGGGUAUGCUCAAAGGGGUUAUGUGGAAGAUGCGCUUCAGCUAUUCAAGCAAAUGCUGAUGGCUGAUUUAGAUAUUUGUUCCUUUACAAUUUCUUCUAUUCUUGGGGUUCUUGCUCUUUCUAACAGAUCUGGCAUUGGCAUCCAAGUGCAUGCAUAUUGUAUAAAAAUGGGAUCACAAUCAGAAGCAUCGACAGGAGGUUCACUGGUUAUGAUGUACUCAAAAGGUGGAAGUGUUGAUGAUUGCUGCAAAGCAUUUGAAGAAAUCUUGGCACCUGAUUUGGUGAGCUGGACUGCUAUGAUUGUAAGCUAUGCUCAAAACGGAAAAGGGGAUGAUGCUUUGCAUGUUUAUGAGUUAAUGAGGAAUUCAGGAAUCAAGCCUGAUUCAGUGACUUUUGUUGGUGUUCUUUCUGCUUGUAGCCAUGCUGGUUUGGUUGAAGAAGGGUAUUUCUUUCUAACUUCAAUGAUGAAAGACUACGGAAUUGAGCCUGGUUACCGUCAUUAUGCCUGUAUGGUGGAUCUUCUCGGUCGCUCUGGUAGAUUAACUGAGGCUGAGAGGUUCAUAAUCGAGAUGCCAAUGAAACCUGAUGCUUUGGUCUGGGGAACACUACUUGCUGCUUGUAAAGUGCAUGGCGACGUUGAGCUAGGAAAACUGGCAGCAAAUAAGAUUAUAGAGCUGGAGCCAAGUGAAGUUGGUGCAUAUAUCUCAUUGUCAAAUAUCUGGGCCAGUGUGGGCCAAUGGGAAGAAGUCUUGAAAAUAAGGGGUUCAAUGCAAGGAACUGGGAUAGCGAAGGAGCCCGGAUGGAGUUCUUUGUGAAAUACAUUCAGUACAAUAAGUCUUUGCAUGUCGCUCUUUACUGGUUAGCAUAUUUUUGUCAAGGUGGAGAACUUUCAAAGUAUCUGGGGGAGCUACCGACACAGAAACAAAAUGGAUGAAGACUUGUACUGUGAAUAUCUUUAGAGAUAUAGCAUCAUAUCUACCAAUCUUUGGACCUCUUCUACACGGUGACUCUACCAUCCAGUUGGAUAAUUUACCAAAAAUUUGGUCAUAGGUUGCCGAACCUUUGGUUUGCCUCUCCUAGAAAGGUUUCCUUGCAUCAUAUGCUGUAGAUUAGGAGUUGAAGAAGAGGAAAAUGUUUGACCACACUUACCAUUGGAUAUGUGGAGUACUGUAACCGACUCCCACCCAACCCUCCACUUUCCCUUAUGUAUUCCUGUUUCAAUCAUGCAAACUCCAGUUCAACCCAAUGGCUAUCUCAUUGGUGUGCAAGAGUGGAAGGUUGCUGCAAAGAGUAAUUGCCCUGUCUCUGGCAUAGUCCUAGCUAUGAGCUUGUCCUAGUGCUGAUACACUGAUAGACUUUGGUGUUCCAGAUGGUCUCUAAACAGCCCCGUUCUCUCCUUUCAUCAUCUAGCUGCUCACCCCUAAAGUCAAAGCCGAAGAAGAGUCUCCAUACAAAUGCUUCCCCUGUGAUUUAUGCCAUACCAAGAGAUGUAUUAACUUCAGGAGAAAUUUAUGCUCCAGAUCACGGAACUGAAGCGAUCCUGGACUGGACAAUUUACUUUACUCAACUCCAGAUGUCGCUCAUUAGUUUCUCUUGAGGACAGUACUGACAGAACUUACAAGAAGAACAUUAGGGAAUGCCUCUAUAAAGAUUGUGGUAGUCGUUCUUGUGUACACACAACAACAACAACUACACCUCAAUUACAAGCAAGUUGGGGUCUGCUAUGGGACGCCUCACAGUCCAUGUCACUCCAUUAAAGCCCGUCUCAGUCCAGUAACUCUUAUGUACGCAUAGUAACUAAAUUACUACCUCGACACUCAGCUAAUGGGCUGUGGAAAGUGCAGGUGUUUCUCAGAAACGUGGAUGCCUGCUUUUUGCAGUUCCAUCAACAAUCAACCAAAUACGUCUGUGUCGAUUCCCAGUUUCACUUUAGUAUAGAUACUCCUGUCAUCCCAUGCACUGUGUUGCUGUACGUAUUUCCAGAGAAAUUUUUUUAUCUACUUUUCUUUAUUUGGGUUUUCUACUUAUGUCUUCGAGCAAUGGGGUUAACUAUUGUCUACACAAGCAACCUGGCGUGGAUACCCCUUUAGAUUUGUGAAUUGAAGUUUCAUUUGCCUGAACCUUCACAUUAUUACUUCGGAUGCUCAAGAAGAAGGGCCUGUAUCACCUUGACUGCAGAUUGUCUGAUAAUAUUCCUCAUUUCCUAUUUAGCAAUAGGAAAGAAAUAGAUGAAACACUUGGAAUUGGCAAAGCAUUUUCUGUUUAUGGAGGGAUGGUUAACUGCCUAUAUAAGCUGGCAUCAUUAUAAUAUUUCUCCAGAUUCGAGAAUAUCUGUAUUAUAUUUUGAUUCUUUUAUCUUAGUCAACGACUAUUAUCUCACAAAUUUUUACAACCAUUUCCAA